AUGCAGAACAGCCCCAGCUUUCUAGUCAAGAGGAACAAGCAGACAUACAAGCACCACACCCCAAAACCUGAAGGCUCGCAACCUCUUCCGCUAAAACGAGCCGAUUCACAGGAAGACUGUGGGCAUGGAGCAAUGGGCCCAAGCCGCAUCAAGCACGUGAUCUGCAAGAACAACUACCACCCAGAUCUGCGCUUGGCUGCCAUUCACAGAGCCAGCACCAUCCUGCACAGACAUGAUCCUGUGAUGGUGAAGAGGGAGCAGUUAGCGCCACCAAGAGCACCCUGA